AUGGCAAUCGCACUCCAGCCGCUGCCUCCAUAUCCAUCUACGCGGGCCCGAGCAUCCCUUACCCCAUCCCAGUCGUCAACACUCGCACAGACGAUCUCCAAUGCCCUCUUCCAGGUCCUCUCCCUUCCUGAUGCUCAGAUCUCGACACCAGCGACUCUCACAUUCAUUUCGUCUUAUGUUAAGGACGCUGCGCAGCAAUCCCUCCAAGCUCUUGUAUGGAGCACCGACUUGAACAAGCUAAGCCCGGUGGAGCGCAACAUUCGCCACGCAGUCUUCUUGCUCGCAGAACGGCUCGCGCCGCUUGGUACGCUCGAUCUCCAAACCCUUGUCGACCUCAGCGUGGCCUAUGCACGCGUAUCCCCGUCCCGCCUCCGAGCUCUGUAUUCCGCCGCGUUCGUGCAUAGCCCGAAUGCUCCAGCAUCGGUAGAAGAGGUGCAUUCCAACGCACUACCGGCGUUCGCAGCCCUCCUCGCUUCUACCAAUCAGGGUCUGUAUGGCCUACGCAAGAUGUCCCACAUAGUCCUAUCCUUCCUGCGGCCUGUUCCAGCAGUAGUUGUGCGUACGUUCGCACGGAGUACGACUUUCGUCCGUACGCUCGCGACAGCAUACCACGCCGGCCUCGCUUCCGUUGCGCAGACCUACGGGGGGCUGACUGCGCUCUCUAGCGCGAACACGCAGGAACGCGAGCUCGAUGAGUGGGAGCGCCUCUUCCUCGAGACCAAAGUUGCGCUGCUUGACGCUUUCCACAUUCUCGUCCAGACCCUGCUCGACGAUGUCGCCUCUGUCGCCCACGCAGGCCCCGCGCUCGCCGCACAGGCGGAGCCCUCAUUAGAAGUCCUCUUCGGCCUUUUUAACCUUCCUGCCCCUGCAGACGGUGUGGACGGCGGACUCGCCCCGACGCCCUUCCUCAACCGCCCGCUUAUCGCGGACUAUCAGCAUGCGUACGACUUUGCGCACACGCUGAAGGACGUGCUCCGCCGCACGGAGGACGCGCGCGCGGACCUCCUCGAGGCGUCUCUGCGCGAGAUGGCCGCGAGCGCGGAGGGCUCGUCCGGGUCUGGCACGCGCGCGCCCGGGGCGCUCAGGCUUAUCUUGCGCUCGUCGGGCGUCCCCCCUGGGAUCGACAAUCUCGGGCGCGGGCCCGCUGCGGUGAAGAUCGACACGAAGGGAAAGGGCAAAGACACUAGUGCCGGACAGCGGGUCGGACGUGGGGGAGCCGGGGAAGAGGGUGUGCCUGAGGAGCAGCUGGACCUGGCGGUAGCGCAGGUCCUGGACUUGCUGCCGGAUCAGGACGCGGCGUAUGUGCGGUACCUGCUGUCGCAUAGCGACUAUCCGUACAGAGGGGACGCGGAGAGGCUCAUCGGCGCGCUGCUCGAGGGCACUGCUCCCUUGCAGGCGGACGUCGACGCCGCUCUGGCGAGGGAUGGUGGGGCCGCUGCGUCCGCGCUGGAUGUGCAGCACGAUGCGUUUGUGUUCACGCGGGAGAGACGAAAUGUGUGGGACGACGACGUCAUGGACCUGAGCAAGGUCAAGAUUGGGAAGAAGAGUGACGACGCCCAUAACGUAUCAGAGGACCGCUCAUUUAUCGAGCAGAUGAAAGCAGACAUACUCCGGCGCGCGGAGGAAAUCUCCGAUUCUGAAGACGAGGCUGAAGGCGGCAAGAGCAGGGGCAAAGCGAUCGCAUUUGAGGAAGAGCUGGACGAAGAAGGGGCAAUCAAGGUCCGAGAUGGAGACAUUAGCGAGGAAGAGGAAGAAGGCACCGAUGGAGAGGAACACGGCGGUGAUGAGGUGAGUCCCCCUACCUCACGUAAUCCGGAGACCAUUCUGGAGCUGGCGUACAUCCAAGAUUCGAAGCAGUUCGACAGAGACGCGCAGACGCGCCGGAGCAAGGCGCGCGUGGACCUCAAGGCGCAGACUGGGAUGACAGACGAGCAGAUCGAAGGGUGGAAGAUCAUGCUCGAGAAAGAUCCAAAGAAGAAAGAGAAGAUACUGGCGAAGCACGAGUUCAGCGGGAACAAGCCAAUCUUGAACGCUCCUAUCGCGGAAGGAAGCCGACCUGCGUCGCGAGGCGGAGGUUCGGGUCCGGGAGGAGGCCAUGGUCCGCGGGGUCGCGGCAGGGGGCGUGGCCGUGGAGGGCGCGGAGGUGGUGGCGGCGGCGAUGGUGACACCGCACGAGACCGCGCUUGGAAGGAGAGGAGGGGUAACCGUGAUAGGAAACGGGGGCACGAUAAGAAGAUGGCACGGACGGGAGGUCCAAGCUAA